GGAAUUUACUAACUAGCAUGACUCAGUGCGGUGGGUCAUCUCUUUUGCAAAUGUACUACAACGGCACAGGCGCUAAUUCAAGCUUAAGCUCCAUUUCUCCAAUCAAUUCGAUCUCUUCCUCCUUCCAAAUUGGUGUGAUUGCCUCUUCAAUAUCUUCAUCGUUGUCACUAGUCUCACUACUUCGUCAAUCACUGCCUCAUCUACAAUAGAAACAUGAUCCAGUUCCCCUUAUCGAUUUCUUCGGCCCUCCUUUCUCAUCAAAGAAUAAUCCAUCGAUCAUAACACCAACUACUCCUUCGGUAACUAAUACUGCAACAUCCGGAUAUGCCUCAAUGGGUUGUUUCAAUGGCCCUACAGGAGGACCAUAUGGAGGACACAAUCUUCCCAAAUUGCUCUCCAACGGUUCAAUGUGCCCCGAACUUUAUAUUCCUUCUGCCCUAGCUCAAGUCACUGCUCAAACCCCCAUCACCUACAAAUACAUUGGACUAGAACAUGGACGGGAGUGUUACGCGGGAUCGGUGCCGCCAAACCCUGAACCAAGUAGUCUAACGGGAACGCACGCGUAUACCACGACUUGCAAGGGUGAUUCAAAGCAGAGCUGCGGGGGUCCAAUUAUGUACAACUUAUACGAAGUAUUUGGCUACAGCUGUGCUGGCGUCAGAGGGUGCGGUGAGCACGGCUAGUUUCUGAGGAAGUUGAAAACAAGCUUUUUAAAGGAGGUGUGAUUCGGUCGAAUGAACGACGUGCAUAUUAGAUGGGGACAAUGUUAAGAAUUUACUUUUGCUAACUGUUGGUCUUGCUGACA